AUGAAUACCGUCCUUCCCUCAAUCGACACGACGGCGAGCCAAACCUACCCGCCGUUCUCCCAGUCCAUCGAUGUUCCCGAGUUCCAGCUCAGUCCAGACACCGUGUCCAUCAUGCCGCUUCCGUCACUCGGCAUGGGUGAUGGCGCUGCGGCCGACAUGGACAAGGAGGAACGGGAGCGCCAGCGCAAGUUGUCCUAUAACCAUCGCCUGCAGCUGACACCCUACACAGACGACUGGCUUUCCAGUAGCGCCGAUGAAGACCUGUUGAUGGAGUUUCCGCUUCUGAGCCUCGCCAGCGUUGCGGGGUUCUCGCUCGGGCCCGAUCGAGUCGCCCUGGUUCUGCCCUAUGCUCCACGGACCGCCCCAUCGACGCUUUCCCACACCACCCCACACACAACCAUCAGCCGCAACGGGCUGUUUUCGGCGUCUCUGGCCAUCAGCACGCAGCGGCAAAACCUACGGCUCGCCAGUGUCAUCGCAGCGCUGAAUCGCAUGUCGGACGGCAAAGACGAAUCUCACCUCAGCGACUCGCUCAGUCUCCUCACUAACUCGGGCUCCCUCGGCCGGUCCGAUGAAUAUGCCUAUAUGAUCCGCGGCCCAGGCGGCUUUGAAAAGAACUAUGCCGAAAUACAGAAGCUGCUGGAGCGAGCACGCAAUCCAGAAAGUGAAGAGGCCGAGAAUGUGGCCCAACCAACCGCACCGCUGCCCAUCGACACUGACAAAUCUGCCAAGAAGAAGAGGCCAGCCGGCGACUUGGGCGUUGGCCCGUCGAUAUGCGCCGUGGUCGAUAAACUUGCGAUGCCCUUGGAUGCUAACGGACAGCCGCUGGCCGGCCGAAAACCGAUACGCGUCAUCAAGGCAGAGCUGGAAAAACGAAUAGAGCUCCUCAAAACAAAUCAGGGAGAAUGGGAGGCAUUCCAGACCCGCAUCAUGAAGUACAAGCGAGACGACCACAAAUCGCUGCUACGAGGCACGCAGAUCGAUCUCAUUCGCAAAAACAAGCAGCUCCUGAAAGAAAUGUACCCUGACUUCCGACAACAGGCUUUACUCAUGGUGCGGAUCAACAACGAAAACCACCGGGUGUUGGUUUUGGAGAGAAAGAUCAAGAUUGUGCACAAGAAGCAACGGGCCAAAAUGGAGGCCAUCCAGCGGAAAGAGGAGCUUAUUGAGAGAGGCAAACUCCGCGAGAAGGAUGAACUCGGCAAACCGCAAGCUCUUCAAAAGAAGUGGUUUAUCAUCGUUGCACUGGCCAGUCGGGUGCGGAUGAUACAGAAACUACUUGAGCAAACACACAAGCGAACAGCAGCGAGCCAGCUCCAAAAUCAUGCUGCUCGGGUGAUCCAACGGGCUUAUCGCAAAUACAAGCGUGCUGCUGCCGAGGAGCGACAGCGGGCUGCCCUGCAGACGAUCCAGAGGGUAUUCCAUUCGUAUGUGCAGCGCAGACGGGAGGUCAUCAAGAACAACGCCGCGAACCUCAUCAGAACCUUCUUCAAGGAAGUGUAUGACACAUCCAAACUGAUGAAAGUUGUCAAGAAAUAUCGGUUCUCUGUUAUCAGGGCACAACGAUACGCUCGUUCUUAUAUCACCAUUCUGCGCGCCGAGCUUGAGCUCUGCGUGAUGCAAUGGGAUCAUUUCGAGGCCCAGUGGUGGACGCAAAGGAAGGGCUCGAUGCACAAAACAGCCAGUGUCGCAAGCAUCGACGAGAAAGCCGGCAAAUCCAAGAAGAGGGGCAAAAAGGGAAAGAAGGAUGAUAGCGCCGACAAGGGUGGCAACGACAAAGUUUCGAUGCUCCGGUGUCCAGACCCGAUCAAGAUUCGUCUGAUACGAGAAUCCUUGCUACAGCGGCGCAAGGAGCAUCGUCAACAACUUGGUGAAUACGAGGACCAGCUCGCAAAGUUCAAUGCCGAUCGCCGGAAACGACUGAAGCCAAUGUUCAGCAGGGCUCCAGGGAAGACCAAUGUCCCCGACCCCGAUAUGCCCAAGCGACCGUUCUUCAAGGCAAGUGUCCUGGUUUUGCUCUCCCGAGACGAUCUCUUUGCGCUCAUGGAAAAGGGCUUUGUUGAGUCGACGACGUCAAAGCUAUCAAGCAUGCCCUCCGAGUGA